AUGUCGAUCUCCAGCGCCUUGGCUGACUUGCAGCAUGCGGCUGACCGGGACGCAGAAGGCGACGAGCUCGCUCAGAUGGAACUGCUCAGCGGCCUGCAGAAGCUACAAAACCUGUUGACGACACCUCCAGAGAAGUUUCUGAGAAUGAGCUUCCAAAUGUACCAAAAUGUCAGCGUCCGCCUCGUUCAGUUAUCAAGAUCUCCGCGUUCAGACUCUAUGAAGCUAACGCUGGUAGUUCGACUUAUGAGGCUCAUAACUAUUAUCGAUAUUGCCGACGAAAUCGGCCUACACGAGUAUCAGGCCAACGAAGCGACUCAGUAUAGCAUUCAACGGGGCAUACUUGGCGAUGUGGAUUAUUGUAAUAUGGGCCCAAUUGCGUCGAAAACUAACAUUGAUGCACACGCUUAUUCGUUUGGUAAACCAACUUUCCCUUGGAUGAUGGCGAAUCAAGAGCACGCCCAAGCCUUCAAUGGUUUCAUGGCUGCCCGUCGAGGAGCAAUGUGGAACAAAUGGUAUAACGUAUAUCCCGUAUCAGACAAAGUAACGGCCAAGGAGAUCAAUGAGUCUAACUUGCCAGGGCGCAUCAUAGUUCAGGACCAACCGCACGUGAUGACGAAGCUCGACGGAAUUGACACCAUGGCUCACGACAUCUUUACUCCGCAGCCCAUUUCCGGCGGGCGACUCUACUAUUUCAAGCAAAUAAUCCAUAAUUGGCAGGAUGAGCAGGCUGUUGCCAUUCUCAGAAACAAGGCUGUCACUAUGAAAAGCAGGCUGCUCGACCAUAUUAAUCGGCGAUUAUGUUUUGCCAGAACAGGGAGUAAGACUACGGGCUGCUUCUAUGUGCUAUUCAACGCAAUCGAACGUACCGAACCGCAGUGGUUGGCUCUCAUCCAAGCAGCUGGCCUCCGAAUGGUGGAGAUCUGGUACGCCGAAGAAACUAAUGAGGGCUCAGAGGUUGUGAUAGAGUGUGAAAGGGUGUAG